AACUUACUUUGUGUUAACACACAAAAAAAAACAAUUGAAGGCCUUGAAUUUUUUGAGUAGAAAGAAAACCGUAAAAUUUUCCAAUAAAGUUAUCGAUUUCCCACUAGAUAUGUAAUAUUUUUUUUACUUUUGACAUUUGCUACAGAUUACCGAUUAUUUGACAUUUCAUUUCAUUCUCAUUCACAAGUUGACUUGACUAAAGAAGUUUAUAACAAAACUUCUUGAGUGAUGGAUGUUUACGUGUCAGCUGUCACGGAGAUGUUUUGAUUACAAAAAAUAGAUUGGAGAACCCAUUUCAUCUCGGCCUCCCGUUUUCCUGAUGCCCGGCAAUAAAUAAUUUGUAUAAAUGUCAUGGUUCGCGGACCUCGCCGGGAAGGCGGAGAGCCUCCUUAACAACCUGGAUGAACAGACUGGCGCGGCUUUGCGCAAUCAUAACGUUUCGAGGAAAAGCAAUGUACCAGAAUUUGUUGUCGGUCAUGCCGCCGAGACUGUUUGGGCGCCAAAGAAACGAAUUAUGACUCGCAAUAAAAAAGCUAUGCCGAUACCAGCCAGUCGUAAAUCUUCACCAACGUCACAUCACCAGCCCCGCACAAUAAUGAGAGACAAUGCAGAUUCUUCAAAGAAUGGUUCUAUCAAGUCCAAGAUAUCACCUUCAAGAAAGGCCAGUCCUCACCGUCAGUUCAAUUUGGAACAACAGUGCCCUAGAACGUUAGUUGGAGAUGUGAAAGACAAUGACUUAUUUGAAAAUUAUGGUUUGAAACAUAGAAGGUUCAGUCUACCAUCAGACUUGGAACUCCUAAACGGUGAAGAAUGGACGUACAAGAUGCAAAACAUGGAGGUGGAGAAUGCAAUGCUGAAGAACGAACUGAACGUAAUGAACCGAGAGGUCGCUGAACUAUUGGACAGGCUACGGAAGACAGAGGAUGGUAAUGAUGUUGAUAGUACAGAAGUAACGAAAACUCGCAUAAAACAAGAAACAACAGAUGUAUUAAAUCACCGUUUGAAUUUGGAGAAACAAACGCUGUCGUCUCAAGUGGAGCUGCUGUCGGUCAAAAUUCAAGAACAUACUAACGCAGAAGUAUCGAAGUUUAAGGAGUUGAACCAAAAAUUAGAAACUGAUGUUGCCGUUUUGAGGAGCCGAAAUAUAGAGUUGGAGGAAAAAUGUAAAAUAUUAUCAGAAGCCGCAAAAGAUAGGGAUGCAGUGCAAACCAAGCUUGAGAACGACUUGAGACACGCACAAUCGCAAAUAAGCGAACUACAGGGUAACUUGCAGAAGACUACGGAAGAAUGCAGGAGAUUGGAGAAAGACUGGGAGUCCUACAAAGUGAGAGUGAAGAAUAUGCUGCAAGCUAAAGACGCGGAGAUAAAGAAAUUACAUGACGGCAUGAAUUUUAGUGAGGAUACCAAGUCGUUGAUUGCACAGAUGGAGCAUUUGAAAGAAGAACGCGACGAGCUCCACGAUGCGGUAUCAGGUAUUCGGUCGGAGUGUACGGAUAUGAAGCAGUAUUUGCAGCAAGUGGAGGUGCGACACGCGGCCGCUGAGCGCGUGGUGGCCGCGCUGCGGGACGCGCUGCGCGAGGAACGGUCGGCCAGGUCCAGGGCCGAGACACAGUGUGUUGCUGUCGCUAAGGAAAUGAAAGCCAUGCAACUGGAGACAGGUCAGACAAUAGCCAGUUUACGAACAGCCUUGCGGGAUAAAGAGCAUGAACUGAUCCACCUCCGCGACACGACCUCCACCGUCCGAAGCACGGACACGAGUGCGCUGAACGUCGCAGACUAUGACGUCAUGCAGGACACCAUAGACAACAACAAGAUUGACUACCUCACCCAAACCCUCGUCCAAAGACAAACGAAAAUCGAUAAUUUACUCGCCGAAAAUAAUAUGCUUAGGAUACAACUGGAAAAAUUAGAAUCAAAACUGAAAGCGGACCAAUCGCUGCAACGGUUGAACUCCCACAGUGUGGUACACUUACAAGAUGGCGACGGUCGCCGGUCGAGACAGGUUCCCUCCACACUGUCCGCACUGUCACUGCGCAUCGGUAUUAUGGUCAAACGAUACCCCGUGCUCAGGGCCUUCGUCAUCGGGUAUAUGAUCUGUCUACAUUUGUGGGUCCUCACCGUAUUGUUCACAAGCACACCAGAAGAUUACGUUCCCACCUCAAAAUCUUAAACCUGUGUUACAUAAUAAUAUUCAUAAACAACCUACAAACCUACUUAUUCUAACUAUGGAAUAUUCCGCCUUUCACGCGUAUGAGGACUAUCCCGUAACGAAUUUAGCGCUGUUGCUCAAAAUUUUGCUAGUGUCACACCAUUGGACAAUAAAAUUUGACAGCUACACUGAUUGGACAGGUUGCCUAAUGCUACACCAACGCUAUCUGGCGAGCACAAAAACUAUAAUUAUAAGUUGACUUUGAAUUGUUAAAACAGGUUUAUCGGUUCUUUCUGAAUAAGUUGUAAGUCUUUAGUGUUUACAAAAUGUAUUUGUAUAUAAAAUAUUCCAUUAGUAUGUAUUCCAUAUAAUACUAGGUAAGUCAAAUUGAAUUUGCGAUUCAGUUGAAACGUUUAAAAGCAAUUGACAGAGCUUUAAGUUAUGAAAUACUGCGUGUACGUAGUUUGUAUUGAGAGAAAAUAGUAUUACCUUUCUAGACAAUUCGAUUAAAAAUCUAUAACAAGUGUAAAUAAUGAAAUAUUUAUGUUCCACCAUAAACCUGGUCGUUAUCGACUUUAUAACGGUUAGCAUACAGCUUAUUUUAGGUUACACAUCUGUUUAAAACAUUAUGUUCACAAUCUUAUGAAGAUUAUAUGUGAUUUGAUGACAAAUAACAAGUUAGAAAUAUUCUAAUAUAGCAACAUUGAGAAAAUAUCACAUGGAAUAGUGAAUUAAUUUGAGUCACAAAAUAUUUUUAACACAUAAUGGUAAGCGUCCACAGGUCCUCAUCGUAUGCAUCGGACGGAUCGCUUCAAACUGAUUGACUGCGUUCGUGCGAUGCGGAUCAGCGGACGCAGUUGUAUGAGUUUCUAUACAAGACAAACUAAAAUCCGUUGAGUGCGAUGCGUGCGUUGCGUACGAUGCGGGCUUGUGGACGCUUACCUUAAACGUUGGUGGCAUCUUUAUGAAAAAUUGAGGUAUGUAUUGAAAAUUUUGUUACGACGUAAGCAUAGAAAAAACUUAUACUAUGUAUUCCAAACUUAGUUAAUUUAUCUCUCUACUAAGCUGCGUGAUUUUAAAUUAGUAAAACCAAGUAUUUUUGUAUUAAAAAGUCAGGGGAAACUAGUAUUUUUAGAUGUUAAAUCUGUAAUUGGUAUUUAUUUAAUAUUUAUUAUUUCAUUAGUAUCUUGAUUCGUGGUGCUAAAUGAAUUUAAAAAUGACUAUGUAUGUAUUUGUGUAUAUAGAUAACGAAUCUCGACAGUGCUUUAAUAAUUGGCCAUAUAAUGUACCUAAUUUGUUGUCUUUAUUUAUUAUUAUUACUGUUGGCUUACGUUUGGUUAUAUUUUGAAAUUUAUUUUAUGUUCCUUAUUGUUAUUUUGCCGACUGACGGGAUCAUGGGCUAAAUAAAGUGUUUAUAAACCUUU